CAGCGUCAUUCUAUUUAAAUGAAGUUCUGACUGAGAUCUAGCCAACUCUUCAUUCGCGCUCCGGUGGACUUAAACAGAAAAACAAUUAAGUAGUUGAGAAAGUAAAUCAUUGCCAAAUAUGCCGGUGUUUACAGUAAAUGUGAAAUGGGGCAAAGAGAAGUUUGAUGCAGUCGAGCUGAACACGGAGGAGCCUCCCGUUGUUUUCAAGGCUCAGCUCUUUGCUUUAACAGGAGUUCACCCAGACAGACAGAAGGUCAUGGUGAAAGGAGGCACUCUGAAGGAUGACGAGUGGGGGAACAUUAAACUGAAAAAUGGAAUGACUCUGCUGAUGAUGGGUUCAGCUGAAGCCCUGCCUGAGGAGCCUGCAGACCGGCCUAUGUUUGUCGAGGACAUGACGGAGGAGCAGCUGGCCUCUGCGAUGGAGCUGCCUUGUGGGUUGACAAACUUGGGCAACACCUGUUACAUGAACGCGACAGUGCAGUGUCUGCGCUCGGUGCCAGAACUAAAAUCUGCACUCAGAAGGUAUUCAGGUGCUCUACGAUCUUCAGGGGCAAACGCACCGUCUCAGUACAUCACAGCAGCUCUUCGUGACCUUUAUGAGACCAUGGACAAGACCUCCUCCAGCCUCCCACCCAUUAUUUUGCUGCAGUUCCUUCACAUGGCGUUUCCACAGUUUGCUGAGAAGGGAGAUCAAGGCCAGUACCUCCAGCAGGAUGCCAAUGAGUGUUGGCUGCAGAUGAUGAGAGUCCUUCAGCAAAAACUGGAGCCACUAGAACCAGAGACUCCCAUGGAGAGUGACUCUGAGGGCGGAGCUGCCUCUGUUUCUACAAAGAAGAAUUUCAUCGACCAGUAUUUCGGAGUAGAAUUUGAAACUUCUAUGAAGUGUACAGAGUCUGAAGAAGAGGAACCAAUCAAGGGCAAAGAAAGCCAGCUCCAACUCAGCUGCUUCAUCAACCAGGAAGUGAAGUACCUGGCAACAGGACUGAGGCUGAGACUGCAGGAAGAAAUCACAAAAAUGUCUCCAACCUUGGAAAGAAAUGCACUGUAUAUAAAGUCUUCAAAACUGAGCCGUCUCCCCGCCUACUUGACCGUUCAGAUGGUUCGCUUCUUCUACAAAGAGAAAGAGUCUGUCAAUGCGAAAGUGCUUAAGGAUGUCAAGUUCCCGCUAAUGUUGGACGUCUAUGAGCUGUGCACCUCCGAGCUCCAAGAGAAAAUGCUGCCGGUCCGGUCGCAGUUUAAGGAGGUCGAAGACAAAAAGCUGGAGAAACAGCAGCAAAAGCUGUCAAAGAAAUCAGACAAAGCAAAAGAAGUGAAAUAUGAGCCUUUCUCAUUCCCUGAAGAUCUGGGUUCCAACAACAGUGGCUACUAUGACCUGCAGGCUGUGCUGACACACCAGGGCCGCUCAAGCUCAUCAGGUCACUAUGUCGGCUGGGUCAAAAGAAAAGAAGAUGAGUGGGUCAAGUUUGAUGACGACAAGGUGAGUGUGGUGUCCCCAGAGGACAUCCUGCGACUGUCCGGCGGCGGAGACUGGCAUAUAGCAUACGUUCUACUGUACGGCCCCCGGCGACUGGAAAUACUUGAAAAUGAGCAGUAGCUGUAGAGGAUUCUCUCAAUGACGAAAAAAAAAAAAAAAUCCAACACAUUCAAAUUGCCAUUUCCAAGCACUGUCUUCAUAGAUGUGCAAUAAAACUGGUGUCUUUAAAAAUU